CACACGGAUUGUCAGUGAGCACGAGACAAAAGUGGAGACUAUCGUAAUCGUACAAAUGAUAGAAUGAAUGACUUUCGUCAGUUUGGAAAGAAACUGAAGACGGGAACAUAUUACAUAACAAGAAGUGCAUCGAGUGAGUGUCAAGUGCACAACAAAUCACCGCAAUCAGCUGUUCGUCUAGGAUUGAACCACGGAGUGUUUGUUCAGGAUGCUUCAUUGUGCCCCGAGAGUAGUUCUAUUUUCUAUCUUUAUCCUUUCAACGACCACCGGCGGUAGCAGGAUCGCUCCAAAAUCCAGAGACUUCCAGGCUGCUGUCGUGGAAACCACCAACAAUGCCAACGGUAGGCAAGUUCCCAGUAAGAAGAACGUUCUGUUCAUAGUGAUUGAUGAUCUUCGUCCCCAGCUGGGUUGCUACGGGCAGAAGUAUAUGCACACACCCAACAUUGACAAACUGGCCAGCGAGUCGUUGGUCUUCGACAGGGCGUACUGUCAGCUUUCAUUCUGCGCACCAAGCAGAAACUCGUUCAUGACCGGACGGCGUCCGGACAGAGUGAAGGCUUGGAGCUUCCGUGAUCAUUUUCGCGAACCAGGAAUCGGAGAGAACUGGACUUCCCUACCGCAGUACUUCAAAAAGAAUGGUUAUCUGACUCUGGGUGUUGGCAAACUCUUUCAUCCUGGUCUACCUCCCAACUACGACCCACCAUCGUGGAGUGAGGAAGUUUUCCCCUACGUGAACCCUCCACUCGCCGGGUGUCCUAAUGGGACAACGCGGUGCGAGCUGGACCCAAAGACGAAACCCUUCUCUGAUAUCACAAUGCUAAAUGAUGCUGUGCAGCGCAUGGAGUAUGCGGCGGAGAAUGCCUCGACUCGCCCGUUCUUCCUUGGUGUCGGCUUCCACAAGCCGCACUUGCCGUGGAGACUUCCGCAGGGAUAUCUAGAACUCUAUCCGCUAGAAUCCGUUCAGCCUCCAGGGGAUGAAUCAUUUCCCCAUGGUGCUCCGGAUGUGGCAUGGAAUGACUGUUGGAAGGUAUGGCCAAAGGUGUUCAGCGACAUCAACGUUGCAAACUACUCCGUUAACUCCACCAUGAGCCACAGUGACAUUGUAGGCCUGCGUCGUGGCUACUAUGCAGCUGUCAGCUAUAUAGAUGCACAGGUCGGGACCUUGCUGGAUCACUUGGACACGCUCGGACUGGCAGAGAACACAGUGGUCUCGUUCCACUCCGACCAUGGAUGGCAACUUGGCGAGCACAACAUGUGGUGUAAGAUGUCAAACUAUGAACUGGGAACACGCGUACCAAUGAUGAUCAGAGCGCCAUGGGUGGAAGGUUCUGCUGGCAAGAGAACAUCUGCACUAGUGGAACUGGUCGAUCUCUAUCCAACACUUGCUGAACUGGCAGGUCUUGAGCCGCCAAGAGAUGAGAACAUCCAAGGCAUAUCGCUAGCCAAGCUGCUCUCCAAUCAGUCAUCGUCGUCCAAGCCUGCCGCAUUCUCACAAUUUCCAAAGUGCGGAAAUGACUGGGCCUCGCUGAAUCCCUGCGGUGCUGUACAGCGCGCAGACUUUCACUACAUGGGAUACAGCAUUCGCACGGCAGACUAUCGAUAUACUGAGUGGGUACCGUGGAUUGGUGGUGAGCUGCGCGGUAACUGGUCGACUGUAGUUGGCAGAGAGCUGUAUGAUCACCGGCAAGAUGACGAGACCGACUUCUCGGAUUACGAGAAUGUCAACCUGGCAGCACGGGAGCCUGCUGUUGUGCAGCAGUUGUCUGCAGCUCUGCGAGUGCAAUUCCAGAAUGACACAUGACCGAAACAGCUGUCAGACGGAAUUGAACAGAUUUUCAGUACUCCGAAGGAACCUUUUCUUGCUGUUGCGGGGAAUGCGUGGUCGGCCGCAGAGCGCAACGGUGGUGUUGGUGAAGUGGACGCAGACACAUGAUCAGUUAAAAGAAAGGGUUUGCUCCCCACGCUGGAGCUCGCGCUGUUCUCGUCGAAGUCGCUACCACUAUUUUUUUGACACAUGAUUACAUGUACAUAUGCAAUACAUGUAUACAAAGUAGUGCGUUUGAACAGUAAUCUCAGCACAUGCAUCGCACACAAACACAUCCAGGGCCAUUGCAAGCCUAUGCUCUACACUGCUUUUCUACGUGUAUGUCAUGUAUGUACAUGUACAUUGUACUACAUACAGUCGACAUCAUAACAUCAUAAUAUUAAUAAAUAAAAGUGCAGGCCAUCUCCCAUCUCAUAGUUUGUGGAAGACUACGAAACAGUCCCUGGUAGAUCUUAAUACACCUACACCAGUGCUGGCCUGGCCCUACACAAGUCGACUGACGAUCACUGAAGUGAUGAGGAUUUCGUUGAACAGGGCAAGCGCUGUCUACCGACACUACAUGUACAGACAGUCAGUCUGCUCUAACCGGACGCCGUUGGUACAGCGGAAACUGUCCCGACAUGACGGGGUUCCGCUUGAUCCAGGGUUCCAUGUUCACAGCACUUUGAUGCAUGAAAAAAUUGUCCGGUCAGUCAAUACUGAAGAUUCCGCUAGGUACGCUACAGUGUCCGGCAUACACAGGCCUUACUGUACAGUCAUGCUGUAGACCUACCGCCUUGUACUCAGUACAUGUACCGGUACAGAUUAGUACAAAUGUCAUGAUUAUACACGUAGGCGGCAGUGUGUCUGGUGUUGACGUUCAUUUUCCCAUUUCAAGACCACUCGCGCCAGUACCGGCCAUGUCGAUCCCUCUACAUAGUCAUUUGCAAAGUUGCCAAGCAGGGCCGGAAUGAAAUAUCACGAGUCACUGUGCGGCAUACGGCAGAUCAAGUGUGUUAAUCAUCUGAAGUGGUUGCAGUAACUGCUAUGCACAUUAAAUUUUAGUCAUUAACAAUUUUUAAAGGAAAUGCGGGCUGUUAAAGUGUGUCAAUGCAACAAUUGUGCACACUAUGUAAAACAGGAGCUAGGAGGAAGAUGAUUGCUUUGAACUGUAUGUCCAGAUGAAUAAUAAUUAAAAACAUCAAAUUGGUGGCGGUGACAAUUCAAUCAUGAUGCAGACCUGUCUACCAGGGACUCAAUAAUGGAACACAUCGUGUUACUCGAAGCUAUUAGAUCGAACACCAGUUCAACAA